UAGAAGUUUCCUAAAGCGUCUGAAUUAACAAAAAACCGCAUUGGAAAACGUAUUAAUACUUUCGAACUAAUAAUAAAAUUACAAAAAUUAUUAAAGAAAGAAGUUUGUAAAUAAUCUAUAUCAGUGAUUAGUUAGCAAAAAAAUGCACAUGAUCAAGGCAGAUAAGAGCUUUAAUGACAUCUAAAGCAUAGUAGCAAUUAGGCGUCACUUUAAGCUUGCAUAUUUUUAAAAUUAAAAUUUAACAAAUAUUUGCAAUUAUCAUGGGGCUGUUAUCUAAUAUGGAAAGUAGAGGAAAACUUAUUAAGUUUUUGGUUUUGUAUAAAACUAAAUUAAGCAUUUUAAGCUUUUCAAUUGCUGUUAUAUGGUUGUUUAUGCUAGCUCAUCAAGAUCUUAGUCCAAAAACAUACAUAUCUGAAAAUCAAUUGCUUCCAGGUUUAGUGAAUACCCAUUUUUCCAAUACUUAUUUUGCUGGUGUUGUUUAUAGUGAGCUGAAACAAGAAUGUACUGACAGUGCCAUUAAGAAAAAACUGUUGUCUUAUUUAAAAGAAAUUGGAUUAGAUGUUUAUAUACAGAGAUUCCAAGUAAUAUCAAAAAAAAUAUCUGGAACAAACAUAUUUGGAAUAUAUCGAUCUCCAAGAGCAUCAGGUGUUGAAUCAAUUAUUUUAAAUGUGCCUUUCCAUGGAAAUUGUUCUUCUAAUGGAGGAAUCUCAAUGAUGCUGGCUUUAGCUAAAUAUUUUUCACAGCAGACCUUCUGGGCAAAAGAUAUUAUAUUUUUAGUCACCGAUCAUCAGGAGUUUGGUGUAAAAGCUUGGCUCAAUGCUUACUAUUUUGAAAAUGAUCCAGAUUUUAUCAAUGAAGAUUUGGAUGGCCGUGCUGGUUCACUUCAAGUUGCAGUCACAAUAGAUUUACAUAGUGAUCAUUUUACACAUUUUGAUUUGUUUGUUGAUGGUUUAAAUGGACAGCUUCCAAAUCUUGAUGUUUUCAAUGUAGUAGUAAGAAUUGCACAGUAUGAAAAUAUUCCACUGAAACUUAGCCAUCAGUUGCGAUUUGCUUCCACAAGCAAUUAUGCAGUUAAUUUACAAACAUUGUUAAGCAUGAUGGUGGUGCAGUCUACUGGAUAUCCUUCUGGUAAUCAUGGUAUGUUUUUUAAAUAUCGUGUUGAAGCUGUAACUUUACGCAGUGUUCAUGAUAGAAAGAUAUCGGAUGUAAGGUAUCAUAUUGGAUUUGAAUCCUUGGGAAGGUUUAUUGAAGGUGUUUUUCGCAGUUUUAAUAACAUGCUUGAACGUUUCCACCAUUCUUACUUUUUGUAUAUUUUACCAAAUGCAUAUCAUUAUAUAUCAAUUGGGCUUUACAUGCCAGCAUUUGGUUGCCUAAUGCUUCCCAUAGUACUAACUCUCCUUGUAACAUGGAUUAAACUUUUUAAACUAGACAUACCAGAAGAGAAUAGAGAUAUAUCAGAAGUUCGUGUUAAUGCAUCAGUUCUCUGCCAGAUUUUUAUGACAUAUUUAAUGUCUGUAUCUACUUACUACAUUUCACUUUGGUUGAUUAGUGAAGCUUUGCACUUCAAAUUGGAAGUAUUAUUUAUUCUUUCUUCUUUGAUCGUGUUUUUGCACCUUUUUUUUUGCAGGGUUGUUUGUCGUGGUAACGAAGUUGAUUUUCUAAUAUUAUAUUUUUUUUCAACUAUCCAAUUGGCUGUUGCAAUAACUGUUCUCUCUCUUUUAAAUUUUUCUGCAGCUUAUAUUAUAGGCAUUUUCUAUGUGGUUUUAUGCUUGCUUCCAUAUUACAAAACGAGAGUUACAAAAAGUUUACGUUUAUUGUAUUGCAUUCUGUCAUGUCCUCCUGUGAUGGUGUAUCUUAUAUGUGUUCUUCAUUGCGCGUUGAAAGGUCAUACAGAAACGGUGCUUUAUGAUGCACUUGAAUUAUGGAAAUUAAUCAUUGAUUAUGAUAUCGCAAAUUCUACAUUACGUGUUUGGACACGAAAUAUUUUGUUCUAUCUUCUAUUGCCUUUGUGGUUUUCGUUUGCAACAUUAGUCACGUGAUCUUUGAGAUUUUUUAGUCUUGUAUUUAAAAUUGUGUUUUUUUUUUUUUUUUUUUUUU